AUGCUCGGUUCCGCGCCGGGAACUACUCCGGGAGACUUAGAAGGAGACUCAGAAUUUGCAAAGCCACCGGCCACUCACUGCAGGCGGGGAGGGCUGCGGAGGGCGCGGGGAGGACCCCGGAGUCAAAGUCGGACCCUGGGAGGACCCCGGGGUGCAAAGACUCCCGCUUUGAGACCUGCCGGCCCCGCGGGGGGGACCCCCGGGACCCCGAGCCGCCGCCGGCCCCCGCGCCCCCCCGCGCCCCCCGAGCGCGCCGCGGGGCCGGACGAGCCGCCGGGCGCCGAGCCCGCGCCCCCGCCGCCUCCGUCCGGCGCCCAGGACCGCCCGGGGGCCGGCGACUCCGGGCCGGGUCCCGGGCCGGAGGGUGGCCGGGGCGGGGGCGAGGGCGAGCGGCGGGGCGCGGGCGAGCAGCCCGAGACGCGCUCCGUGUGCAGCAGCCGCAGCAGCAGCAGCGGCGGCGGCGGCGAGCGGCGCGCCGGGUACCAGCAUCACCAGCCCAUCUGCAAGAUCUGCUUCCAGGGCGCCGAGCAGGGGGAGCUGUUGAAUCCUUGCCGGUGUGACGGGUCAGUUCGCUAUACACAUCAGCUGUGCCUCCUGAAGUGGAUCAGCGAGAGAGGCUCUUGGACUUGUGAACUGUGCUGUUACCGCUACCAUGUCAUAGCCAUUAAAAUGAAACAGCCUUGCCAGUGGCAAAGCAUUUCUAUAACACUGGUUGAGAAAGUUCAGAUGGUGGCUGUAAUCCUAGGAUCCCUGUUCUUAAUAGCAAGUGUGACCUGGCUCCUCUGGUCAGCCUUCAGCCCCUAUGCAGUGUGGCAGAGGAAGGACAUCCUUUUCCAAAUCUGCUAUGGAAUGUAUGGUUUUAUGGAUCUAGUGUGCAUAGGUCUCAUUGUCCAUGAAGGAGCUGCAGUUUACAGAGUGUUUAAGCGUUGGCGUGCAGUUAAUUUACACUGGGAUGUCCAAAAUUAUGACAAAGCCACAGAUAUCGAAGAAAGUAGCCGGGGAGAGUCUUCCACAAGUCGGACUUUAUGGUUGCCAUUGUCAGCUCUGAGGAAUAGGAACUUGGUCCACCCCACGCAGUUAAGCUCCCCGAGGUUCCAGUGCGGGUAUGUGCUGUUGCAUCUGUUCAAUCGGAUGAGGACCCAUGAAGACUUGUCGGAAGACAACAGCUCGGGAGAAGUGGUCAUGAGAGUGACUUCUGUGUAAGGAACCAUGGGACAGCCACCCACCCUACACACGUUGGAAUGUAAUUGCAAUGAAUGGCGGAACCAUUAGCGCUUCGGAAAAACAUACACACACAUCGAUGAACUUUUUAAAAUUUAUGCUUUUUAUAUGAACACUCGAAUUGCAAAUACACUUUUCUGAAGAAAAGAGUCCUCUUGUUCUUUGCUUUCGGGUUUAUCAUAUCUUUUAUAAGUUGAUACUUGAAAUCAUUAUCCCUAUCAUUUCACUCGCCUUCGUUAAAAA